AUGAACUUCAUCGAUGCCACCAAGACGAUACGGCCCGUCAUGUCAUUCGCCCCAGAGGGCCACCAUGGCAACACAUCGAAUCUCCACCUGCUUCAUGGCACCCUGCCCCACGAGGUCGUAUGUACAGAGAAUCUCACACCGUUCCUGAAGCUGCUUCCGUGCAAGGGCAAGGCUGGUGUGUCGAGCUUGCUGGACGGCCACAAGCUUUUUGACGCAUCGUUUCAGACCAUGGCCAUCGAUGUGCGGCCUGUCUGUGACGCGACCGGUGACAAUUGCUCAGUAGAGAUGGAGCAGAGCGUGGAUAUGGUCUUGGAUAUCGCCAGGUCAAAGCGACCACAGGACAACCCCAUCCCUCGACCCCUGCCAAUCGACCAGAUCGAGUGCGACACGUCAAAAGGCUACAACGGACACGAUACCUGCUAUCCUCUGAACAAGGGCACAGAGCCGGCAUGGACACUGGAGGAGGUCUUUGGAAGGCCACUCCGGGGAGCCUGUCCGCUUGCAGAGGAAACCGGCGAUGCAGCAAACAGCUUCUGCAUCAACGCUCCACCCGAGCGUACAAUAGAGGUCAAAACAACCGGAAAAUUCGAAGAAGCGAAAUUAGCCUCUGACACACUCCGCUGCUAUAAACUGCCCGUGGGCGCAAGCUUCGAUCUCGUCCUUCCCGAACAACGAAUGACCACCGGCCUCGUUCUCCCCAACCCACCCCUCUUCGCAGCACGAACCAUCAACGGCCAUGGUCAAGAGCGCGGAAGCACCCAAUCCGUCAUCCGCAGCCCCUCCACAACCGACACGGUUGAAUUCGUCUACCUCGAGUCUCUCCCCUGGUUCAUGAAGCCCUACCUGCACACCCUCCGCGCCCGCCUCGACACCACGUCCGACAGCCCCAUCAAGGAAACAUACUACCGCCCCGCUAUCGACCGGAAGCGCGGCACACAUCUCGAACUCCGCAUGCUCAUACCGCCCAACUCUACACUCACACUUACGUACGACUUUGAAAAGGCUAUCUUGCGCUACACUGAGUACCCGCCCGAUGCGAAUCGCGGCUUCGAUGCCGCGCCGGCGAUUAUCCGUGUUUUGUCGCCGAACAAGGGAGAUGGCAAGGGUGUUUAUAUACGCACAACGUCGCUGCUACUGCCCCUCCCGACGCCGGACUUUAGUAUGCCGUACAACGUGAUUAUUCUGACGAGUACGGUCAUGGCGCUAGGGUUUGGGAACAUUUUCAAUUUGUUAGUCAGGAGGUUUGUGGGCGUGGAUGAGGUGCCGGCCGGGGCUGGUGGCAUCAAGGGGAUCCUGAUGGGCAAGGUCAACAGGUUGAAGGGGAUUUUCGGGCGGUGA